AUGCGCACAGAGAGGGCGGGCAUUGGCGCUGCGUUGAUCGGAGCUCUGAUCUGCCUCUUCCCUGCUGUCCAGGCGUUCACACUAUCGACAACCAUGUCUGCCGUCCAGAAGCCGAAGCUGUGGGACAUGCCCGUAUCCAACAACGGCGCACGUUGCAGGUUCAUCAUCUACGAGAAGGGCAUCGAGGACAAGGUGGACAUUGCUCCCCCCACGGACGUCGGCGGCCUCAAGUCGGAAGAGUACCUCAAGAUGAACCCGCACGGGAAGAUGCCGUGCCUGAGCAGCCCUGACUGUGGGUCCAUCCCGGAGUCGGACACCAUCUGCCAGUACCUUCUCGACAAGUUUGAGCACGAGGGCAGCUCGUUCCGACCGCAGACGCUGCAGGCACGCAUGAAAUCGGCGGCCAUCUGCCGGCUCUUCGACACGUACAUCCAUCCCAUCCAGGGCUCUAUGUACAAGGCUGUUCCUCCGUUUGGGGUCCACUCGGACAGGAUCGCGGCCCUCGACGACCUACAGACUCAGCUGGGUUACUUGGAGGAGCUCGCCAGCCCCGACGGUCCGUUCCUGUCGGGCAACGAGCUGUCCCUCGCCGAUGCCACGGCGUGGCCCACCAUGAUCUUCGUGAGGGAGAUGAUGCUGCCGAGGUUCGGCAGGACGCCGGCCCUGGGACCUCGGCUGCUGGCGUGGUGCGAACACAUGGACCGGCACCCGGUCGGCAAGAGGAUAGCGGACGAGAUCAAGGCGCCGCUUGACAAGUGGGGCGCCAACGGCCGGUGGGACACCAUCCUGCACGCGGGAAAGCGGGACACGGAGCCCCCGUCGAUUUUGGACAAGUUCUUGGCCAAGGAAAUCCCUUCGACGGGGGUUUUGGGGGACGACAGCGUGCGGCCCUUCCGGGACAUCGCUCCGGUGGCCCCGACCCACGUCCUCAUCAUCCCCAAGGUUCGGAAUGGGCUGACCCAGCUCCGACACGCCACCGCCGACCACGCCGGGGUUCUGGGUCACAUGCUCGAGGUUGCGGCUAAGAUCGCCAAGGAGGAAGAGCUAGAGGGAUUCAGGGUGGUGGUAAACGACGGCGCCAAGGGGGGGCAGGAGGUCUUUCACCUGCACAUGCACCUCAUCGGAGGAGGAAAGGACAUGGAGAAGCUUGGAAAGAUGGCGUAA